GAAGAUAUGGGACAGAUGUAUAAAUGUAAGUGAGCGUGGAGCGCACGCUAAUAGCGACCUCCGCCUCGUACGUGACCGCAUCAUAGUCUCAUUCAAAAAAAAAAAAAAAAAAAAAAAAAAUUCUGCAGAGAAGAGUGUCAGAGCGGAGGAAAUAUGAACAGUAGACUCUAAACAACAACAACAACAACAGCAUCAUCUUGGACCAUCGUGACAUGCGGACACCACAGCAGCGCUCCUGAAUGAGAAACCCUGCAGUGGGGAGAAUAACUGAUCCACUUCCUGCCAAAAGCAGAAAGACAGUCAUAGGGUUUUGGAAUGGCAUGAAUUGAGUAAAUGAUGAAAAUCAUGAGGAUUUUUGGGGCCUAAAGGUCGUAUUUUCUCCUGUGGUGUCUGUGUGGAGCGUGCCACACAUCCACUCCAGAACAACGACGGCUUUUGCUUGCAUCUUCCAGUGUUUCUUCUGUCAGCAAGUUCAGCAGAGCUGCAACUCGUCUAGUGCCAGCCCAGAGGAACCCAGUGAGGAGCACCACGACUGUGAGAUGGUAAAAAUGACAAAGUCCAAGACCUUCCAGGCCUACCUGCCCAACUGUCACCGAACCUACAGCUGCAUCCACUGCCGGGCACAUCUCGCCAAUCACGAUGAGCUCAUCUCAAAGUCAUUCCAAGGCAGCCAGGGACGAGCCUACCUCUUUAAUUCAGUUGUGAAUGUCGGUUGUGGUCCAGCAGAGGAGAGGGUUCUCCUAACAGGUUUACAUGCUGUGGCAGACAUCUACUGUGAAAAUUGUAAAACCACUCUGGGCUGGAAAUACGAGCAUGCAUUUGAGAGCAGUCAGAAAUACAAAGAAGGCAAGUUCAUCAUCGAGCUGGCUCAUAUGAUCAAAGAUAAUGGCUGGGAGUGACCUUCGCCUACUUCCUCUCUGCUCAGUGACCUUUGGGCUGCUCUGUUGUGGACUUUGCCGAGUGACACCACCACACGCACACGUACACAAACAAAAAUAAAACGCACAGACACGCGCGAACACACACGCCAACGUCAACCAUGACACAUCCAGACAUCUCUACUGGGUCAUCACAAAACUCGAAGGCAGAGUGAUGGAAAGAGUAUCAAAGACAUCUACGGUCACUGAAAGACUCUCUAGGACCUUUUCAGAGAUGUACAUGUCAACACUUUGGGAUCCGAACCUUCUCCCUUCCUGUUCGACUCAGUUUCCGCCCCAUUAACUGGUUUCGGUGUGCUCGGCCCUACUCAUGUGUAACCGCUCUUCGUAAGCAGUAUCCAGAAGACAGUCUCACUUUUUUCGUUUAACAUCCUCCACUCUUUUUGCGAUUGAGCGGGAGGUGUGCGUUUUAGUGUGUGUCCCUUUUUUCGACGGGAAUCUCUAGUCCUUUUCUGGUUGGACUGAUGUUACUGGUUAGCAUUUUUCUCCUUCUCCGAGUCCGGCCCGUUCCGAUUGUCUUUCCGUUCACGUUGGGGUAGCGACCGACACGAUUAAUAUACAUUAUAAGAGAUGGGGUUGGUUACGGGGUUAGGCUAUGUAGCAGUAUAUUUUGGAUGGGGUUGGGCGUUCGGCAUUGCAGUGGCAUAGCGUUUUUGUAUUUAUGAUCUCCCUUGUGUUUUAACCAUUUUAUUUCCGAAUCGAAAUGUUUUUCUUCCUCGGAUGAUUUCACUGUGCAAUUCGUGGGACACUCUGGUACAGCAGUAGCGUCUGACCCCUGCAGGAGCUUUAGUUGCCUCUGGUGCUUUUGGUGAGAUUACACAAACACCCGUCUUUGAGUUGGCAUUUGUGGCAGGUUCCAUUUUUGCAACCGCACUAUAGGCGAGAGAAAAACACAAGACAAGUGACAGCCGGUUGGAUGCACUGGACAUUAGGGGAAAACUGAAACUAGUGUCCUCCUCGGAACAAUGUUUGCAUUACGUUUUCAUCCCCCUUCACGCCAAAUGAUUUUACAAAACUAUUGUUGUUGAUAUUACAAUCAUGUGUAUGUUCAUUGCUAUGUGUAAUUUAUGUGUUAAACCACAUGUUAGGACAUGCACACGCAUGUUAGCUCUGUGUGUUUUACGCAUUAUGUUUAUGGCAUACUUGAAUGCAGUUACUUUGUUUGCACUUUGCAGAGGCCUUGUUCAUGGGUUUAGAGGCAAAAGUCUGUCCAUUGUAUGGCCUUUUUUCAUUGAUAAUAAUGGAAUGAUUGUAUUAGAUGCUUGGAAUGGUUUGCAGGGUUGGGUGGUUGCUGGCUUGAUCAUCUCCCUCCAGUUUCAAACACACAAAAUCUGCUGCUUUCGCUUUCUUCCGCAGGCUGGCAGACCUAUUCGCCACGCUCGUAAUUCGUCCGAUUGGAUGCGCGCAUCAGAAACAGGUCUCAAAUUUUACAAUCGGACACCAUUCAAAGUGGUGUUACGUGAUUCUUUUGCUGCUAAUAGAGAGAAAUGCAAUCCAGAGCUUUCACUUUUAAACCUUCUGCACUUUACCCGGACUGUCUGAGAGCAUGCGAGCCCAUGCGUUCCUUUUGUAGCUUUUCUCCACAUCUUUGCCUCUAAGCAGCAUGAAUCUUGUGCCUCUUCAAAAGAUUAAAAAAAAAAUUAAAAAAAAUCUCCCUCUCCUGUGUUGUGCGGCGCAUGACUCCGAGAACCCAGCACAUCUACUAGAAGCUCUGCGGGAACUCGAAAACGACACGAACUUGGAAACGAACCUCACAGAACCUCUAUCCACUCGAAAGUCUAUACCGAAGCAUAAUAUGAUCCAGUAUUUUUUCAUAGUUCUAUGUCAAAGCUAGAGAUGUUAUGAAACAGUCGUUGUAUUCUGCAAAGUAUAUAAAAGGGGGCGGGGUGGUUAGAGCGGGAGGGGGCGGAGCUUGCUUCCUGUAGAGGUAAAGAGGGGCAUUUAAUGUAGAUUUCUAUCAAGUAUAAAUAUAUAUUAUGAAUAAAUAUCGAGGUUUUGUCAUGCUUAAGGGCGGGUGGGACGGCGGGCAAUAGUAGAACGAGUGGCGAACCCUCAGUCGGAGUUCGUCAACGAUAAGGUCAGUCAGGUCACGUGACCUUCGAAUCAGUCAAAGACAAUGCAAACAAAAUAGUUGUAGAAAUAUCUUACUUGAAAGAUGAUACAGAGUUACAGACAAUUCAUUGUCCCUCUCACACAGUUUUGUACAUAAAGUAACAUAUUUAAGGUUUUAUACAUAUUUCUACUGGGUUAGUUUCUCUACUUCCCCGACUUGAAGCACUUUUGUUCACUGUACCUCUGGCUUUAUAUUUGUGUGUGAAUGACGACAGAGAGAGAGUGAGUUGUAUGUGUGUGGAUGCAUGUAUGCGUGUUCCCUAACUUCCCUCACUUUAUUUGUAGCUGUUUUUGCUGUUGUUCACUAGUUCCUCUGUGCUGUUUCCUUUACGACACUUCUUUUGCUGUCUCACAGCGUGUUUUGAUGUGUGCUUUCUUAGCUUGAUGAUAAUGAGCUUUGUAUCUUUUGUUUUUUCUUUAAUAUUAAAGUUGAUUUUCAUCUUUCGCUAGUUUCCUGUUGAGAGCCUAAUAGCAGAAUGUCUGCUGGUCGUGUUUUAGCAUCAUGGUCAGUGGUGAGCUGGAUUCACCUGCCGCAAUUUCACAUUAGAAACAUUGGCCCAGACCGUUUUACAAAAAAACAGCUUUCCUUAAGGCUUUCAGAAGCAGAACUAGAUUAAAGCCAGUCACUGUCAAUGUGCACCAAAAAAUAUGACAUUGCUCAAACGAAACCUUUCAGCAGAGAGCGUUGUUUUUAACAUAUAAUACCAAUCUGGAAAUCUGAAUCACUUGGUCAAACCAAAAAGUGAGUUUGUGGCCUCUCUGAAUACCAAGUGGGAAAUUAUUAUUUGUUAGGUUUUUUUUUUUUUUUUUGAAUUGUUAUUUGUCUUUUACAGCAACAUAUUCAUAUUGGCGGUAGAAAAGACUGUUUACUUUCCUUUUUUGCUGUUUCUUUUGGUGACUGGUUUCAAACAUUUCUAGAGCUGUUAAUCUGAGAUUUGUCAUUCAAACGACAUCUAGUUUAGGCUACAGUGGUAUGCAAAGGAAACGAUUGUAUAAGUUUGCAGAGUUCUUUUCUUAGGACUGUUAAAAUAUAAGGUCUAAAGCAUGUUGUGUUUAUAAUGGCUAUAUUAAGUCGUGCCUGGUUUUUUCUUUCUUCUUUUUUUUUCUUCUUCAAUGCAAAAAAAAAAAAAGCUUUUUCUUCUUUUUACUGAUUACAUUGCUUUGCAUUCUGUCCUAGUAAAGAAAGUCACAUUUGUCUGUUUUCACUGUAUUGUAAACUAUCAGAUAUCACAAUAAAGCUUAAAUGGUA